GGCCAAAAUCGCCUAUUUAGCGCAGAGAUUGCGGUGUAGGGCCCUUAUUCUGGAUGUCGCCUGAUGUGGGUUUAUAUUCUUUUGCUUAUCACUUCACGACAACCUCGAGCCUGUGACGCUGUGUACAACGUGUAAUCUGCCCCCUGACGUCAGUUGUGUUUCGAGCUGCGCAUUCUGCCCCGGCCAUAGAGGUCCGCGUGCCCAUAUGCUUUGAUAACCCGAGACAUCCGCCAAAACGCACCCAAAGCGCAAACCACGAUCAUACCGGAGUCAUGUCGCUCACGCAAUCUGCUGCGGCUGCUAUGCUGACCGUGGUCGAUGCGCCCGACGUACAUGAGCCGAGAUGGGAAGAUCAAACGAAUCCCCGCGAUCUUGUCACUCAAUUUGUUAUUAGCCUGACCAUCGGUCUGGGCGCUUUUCUUGCCUUUUGUGUUCUGCGACCGAAAUGGACCGAGCUUUACGCCGCACGGAGACGACAGCGCUGCGCGGCUUCCCACUUACCAGAACUUCCUGAUAGCUUCUUUGGCUGGAUACCUGUCCUGUAUCGGAUCACUGAGGAGCAGGUGUUGGAGUCGGCAGGCUUGGAUGCAUUUGUUUUCUUGACCUUCCUCCGAUUCGCAAUCCGGUUUCUCUCCGCCGUAUUUGUUUUCGCAUUGGUCAUUAUCCUGCCUAUGCACUACAGGAAUACCGGUAAAUCCGGGAUCCCGGGUUGGGACGAUGAUGACGAGACUAUUGACACUUUCGGCGGUGAUAAAGAUAAGAAGAAGAUCAUAUCAGACCCGAAUUACUUGUGGAUGUAUGUGGUGUUCACGUACAUCUUUACUGGCCUCGCCGUCUAUAUGCUCGUUCAGGACACGAAUAAGGUCAUUCGCAUUAGGCAGCAAUAUCUCGGGAGUCAAACAAGCACCACCGACAGGACGAUCCGCCUGUCUGGCAUUCCCCCUGAUAUGGGGUCUGAGGAGAAAAUCCGAGAAUUCAUGGAAGGCCUACGCGUAGGCAAAGUGGAAAGCGUGACUCUGUGCAAAGACUGGCGCGAAUUGGACCGUCUAAUCGAUGAACGACUCAAUAUCCUCCGAAAUCUGGAGUGGGCAUGGACAAAACAUCUCGGUUACAAGCGCGUCAAAUCCAACGCAAAUCGGUUGUCACUUCUACAUCAACAUGCGCGUGGAUCGAGCAUCGUCUCCGAUGACGAUAGUGAACGCAUACAGCUCCUUUCUGAUAGCGUGCAAGCUCAUGUUUCUGACUAUGCCCACAAGCGACCGACUACCCGCAUCUGGUAUGGACCAUUCAAGCUGCGCUACCGGAACGUGGAUGCGAUCGACUACUACGAAGAAAAGCUGCGGAGGAUAGAUGAGCAGAUCCAGCUUGCACGUCAAAAGGAGUAUCCUCCUACUGAAAUUGCCUUCGUCACAAUGGAAUCUAUUGCCGCAUCGCAGAUGGUUGUUCAGGCCAUCCUUGAUCCACAACCAAUGCAGCUUCUUGCUCGGUUGGCACCGGCGCCUGCUGAUGUUGUAUGGAAGAAUACUUAUCUCCCUCGCUCGAGACGCAUGAUGCAAUCCUGGUCCGUUACGGUUGUCAUUGCUUUCCUGACUAUUUUCUGGUCUGUUCUUUUGAUCCCUGUCGCCUACCUGCUCGAGUACGAGACUCUUCAUAAGGUGUUCCCUCAGCUGGCGGAUGCGUUGACGCGAAACCCUCUUGCCAAGUCCUUGGUCCAAACCGGUCUUCCGACUUUGGUCCUCUCGUUGCUCACCGUCGCAGUGCCGUACCUCUAUAAUUGGCUCUCACAUCAACAAGGCAUGAUGUCACGCGGUGAUAUUGAACUAUCUGUCAUCUCCAAGACCUUCUUCUUCUCCUUCUUCAACCUGUUUCUUGUUUUCACAGUGUUCGGAACUGCAACAACAUUCUAUGGUUUCUGGGAAAAUCUCAGAGAUGCAUUCAAGGACGCUACCACAAUUGCCUUUGCCCUUGCCAAAACACUUGAGAACUUUGCCCCGUUCUAUAUCAACUUCUUGUGUCUACAAGGCAUAGGGUUGUUUCCAUUUCGACUUCUGGAAUUCGGUAGCGUGGCGAUGUAUCCCAUUUACUUCCUCACAGCGAAGACACCGCGCGACUACGCUGAGCUAAACACGCCCCCUAUGUUCAGCUACGGAUACUCUAUCCCACAGACUGUUCUUAUUUUGAUUAUCUGUGUGGUGUAUAGUGUCUUUCCCAGUUCAUGGUUGAUCUGUCUCUUCGGUCUGAUAUAUUUCACUAUCGGCAAGUUCAUCUACAAGUACCAGCUUCUCUAUGCCAUGGACCAUCAACAACAUUCGACUGGGCGAGCGUGGCCGAUGAUAUGUAGUCGUGUCCUGAUGGGCUUGAUCGUCUUCCAGCUUGCUAUGAUCGGUGUUCUAGCAUUGCGUCGAGCCAUCACCCGCUCUCUGCUCCUUGUUCCGCUUUUGAUGACAACUGUGUGGUUCAGUUAUUUCUUUUCGCGGAACUACGAGCCCCUGAUGAAGUUCAUUGCACUGAAGAGCAUUGACCGUGAACGUCCUGGUGGCGGUGAUAUUUCGCCUUCUCCAUCGUCGACCUUCUCACCGCCAUCUGGUCUUGAGCGUGACGCCUUCCCGAUCCGAAUUGGUGGUCAGGAAUUAGGACUAAGGCUCAAGAAAUACGUCAACCCAAGUCUCAUCCUGCCUCUUCAUGACGCUUGGCUUCCGGGCCACAGUACAGCCCCGGGAUACCAGGAAGGCCCCAGCUUCCAUGAGUCGUCGAAUGUUGCAGCCGACGAUUCGGUCUGAGCCUCUGCAGGCGACACCGUUCUGGCAGCAUACCUACUCUUACGCCUUAUCUACUGCACAUAGCACAUAUAAUACUGUCUACACGUCUCUGUUCUCACAACACAAUUGCGACUGAUGUCUCAUUCCUAUUCGUGUGGAUGACUUUUUAUGAUCUACGACGCUACGCCUACGAUAUAAUGGAGAUCGCUAUGUCUCUCACCUCGGGCCUCUAUGUAAUCUGUAUCAAUGGUGCCUUUACAUAUAUAGUUGGGGGUGAUCUGUUUAUCAGCAUAUCUUGUGGUUCAUGCACUUGGUUAUCUUGUUUCAUUAAUACCAGGGACUGUUUCACGUUGGUUCUUGUUCGACUAUUAGAAUGGGGCUGUACUAAUCUGUAACACUAUCGAUGAGAUUUGAG